AUGCUCAGAGGCAACAGAAGCUCCUCUUCGGCUUCCGGCCCAUCCUCAUCCUCCUCUGGCUCAAAUGAUAGAGCCAUUGCUCCCUACUACCAGGGACACUUUCGAAUUGCUCCGAACAUCAACCAAAAUCGAAACCGACCACAACAGCAGCAGCAGCUUCAACUCCAACAACGGCAUCUUCAGCAACUCCAACUCCAACAACGUCAACAACGUCAACAACAGCUUCAACUUCAACAACAACAACAGCUUCAACAACAACGUCCACCACCACCACCACAGCAGCAGCAGCAGCAGAAAACCUUUCCCCACCCUCGACCUCCAGGCCGUCCACCGAAGCUGGGGCCAGCUAAUGCUGCCUACAACCGAGCGCAACAACCAACAUCAGCACCAGCACCAGAACCAGCACCAGCACAACCAUCAUUUCAGUUACCCCUCUCAGUGGCAACUUUAUCAACAGAACCAGCAGCACUGCCGUUUCAACAAAGUUUUACCUUCAUUCAAACAAUGCCAAACCAAAAUGCAAUCAUUUCUGAGGCGCCAGCAUUUCAAUUAAUUCAGUAUCCACCACCACCACUGCCAUUUUCAGGACCUGUAACGCUGUUUGCACAACCUGCAAUUUUUAAUUAUGGACAAUUUCCCAACUACGUUACUCAGCCUUUUUAUCCACCAGUAAACGGCGCUAAUGAGCAUAAUGCUAAUCAUUCACAAAUUUCCAAUGCAAGCACUCAAACAUGUGAAACAUUGAAUGAAAAUGAAACUCCCGGUGAGGCUGAAGAAGAAACCAGUGACCAAACAGCUAGCAGGGAAGAAGCUGCCCAACAGCAGCAAAUUACUGUUGAUGAUGCACAACAAACUUCAAAUUUAAUUUCUAAUAAUGACAAUCAAUCUUCAGUUGAUGAUCAGCAGUCAAAUGCUGACAAUGACGUUCGAGCACCAUCAACUUCUCUCACUCAAACAUCAGGAUUUUGGAGUGAAAAUGAAGCAUAUGAAUUUGUAGAAGCCGCCGACCAGAAAGCAAAUGACAAUGAUGAAAAACAGCAAAUCAUUUCUGAGAUGUCAAACCUGACUUCUAAUGCUACGGAAACUACUUCAUCACUUUAUGAUAAUCAACAAUCAAAUACUGAUGACUGCUGUACUCAAACUGCUAUCCCCAGCAUCCAUGUGCCUAAACAUUUGAACCAGCUUGCGAUCAGUAAUAAUGGCUCAAAUAAUGAUCAAAAUUUAAAACAAACUGAUAAAAAGAAGGAUCAACUAAAACUUACCUCUACCACAACUGCACUAGUAGAGUGUAUUACCAUUUACGACUCAGAAGAUGAGUCCAAUGGCGAGUCUGAUGACUGUCAAAUAAUAGAUCCUCCCGAUUAUGGAUCCGUUUCUAAGCAAAGUAAUGCUGACAAUGAGAAUCAAGCAGCUGAACAUUCAAAUGCAGGUCAGCAAAUAAAUAAACAGAAAGAAGAUAAACAACAGCAAAAAGAACAACUUGGAACAGUUGAGAAUGCAAAUUUGAGCACUUUUUGUGCUCCUUCUGAGCACUCAGCUGAUUAUUCUCAACCUUCAAAUGAAGGAAAUGUUGAGCCGUCUGCUGCUGCUGUUGUCACAGUGAAUAGAACAUCUUCUCCCUCACUUUUUUUAAAUGAGCAGUCUCAAAAUGUUGCCACUGAAAAUGACGUGGAAAAUAGCUGUUCCCAAAGAACAGGUGAAGAAGAAGAAGAAGAAGAGGACGAGGAGGAAAGAAAUCAACAGCAAAAACAACAAAAGACUGUGUUUUCAACUUCCUUGCCUGCUACCAAGUACUGCAGGUUUUGCGGAAAAUCCUUUACCGCCUAUCGAUUCCUACGUAAUCACGACCGAGUGCACACCCGCCUCAAACCGUUCCAGUGUUUAGUCUGUCAGCACUCCAGUGCGCAAGAAGCCAACAUCUGGACUCACAUUUUGGCUCAGCACUACCAACAAUACCUUAAAACGAAAAAAUCUUUGUGCCGGCCUGAUCAGGCUGCACUUUGCCAGGAAUCAGCGGAGCUCACCCGAUGGCUGACCAGUGAUGAACACCGGAGCUGGGCCGCUGCUGAUUCUGCUGCUGCUGCUGCUGCUGCUGCUCAAGAAGAGGCCUCUUCUUGUGAGCAGAACCAAAGUUUGAAGCCAAAAAGAAUAUCAAUGUCGUUGCGAAGCCAAUCAAGUCAGUCGGAUGACGAUGCCAACGCCAGUGGCAGCAGUGGUAAAAGCAAAGAUACUGAACCAGAAAACAACAACAGCAGUAGCUGUGUCAGUUUUGAUAAUCACCUGUCACAAUCUUCCGUACACAAUCAAGCAUCAACGCCACCACCACCACUACCACCAUCAUCAUCAUCACAAAGUACUGAAGAGACCAAUUCAGUGUUUAAAACGAGCAGACAGGGCAAAUCUUACAUUAGCAAGUUCUUCAUCUGCCGUCAAGCUGGCUGCCAG